CACAGCACCUCAGCGGGGAAGCGACCUGCGGGGCUGCCGCUGGGGAGAGGCGGAGGAGGAGUGGAAUGAGGAGUGAGAUGGAUGGCGGGGUGGACCUGAGCUUCCUUACGGAUGAGGAGUAUCGAGCCGUCCUGAAAGUCAUCCACAGAGAUUCCGAACUCAAGAAACGGGACAGCGAACGGAUCAGAGCGGUGCAGAAAAACCUUUGUGAUGAUAGGAAGAAGAAGCUGGUGACGGGUCAGUGGUUUGAUGAGGUGAAAGCCAAACGAUACCAGACUUCUCUCCACGCUGUGGACGUCAUCAAGGCUUCGAUACGGAGAAAAAAACCAGUGAAGGACACCAGUGAGAGGAUUGGGUCAGUUCCAGUCGGUCUGACCACGGCCCCCCCCAUCACAGCACCUGCUAAAGUCACACACACUGACCGGGCAAGAAUCUCAACUAUUGAAGAGUCUGGGAGCAAGGGAGAGGAGCCCACAAGAAGACCGAAGACAAAGCACAAUGUCCCUGAGGUGAGAGGUGAUGAGGAGCCAAGCCCUGCACUUUCCCCGGAAACACCAGCUUCCAGUGUUGAGGAUCAGCAAAGAUUUCCCAUCGUCUCCAGCACAGCGAGGUCGGAGCUGCCAAAGAGUGGGAAUGUUGCUGGGAAAGUUGUCCAAACGCCCUCUAGGGGGACCAGUGGCCACAAGACCACAGCUGAUCCCAGCACCACCCGGAUUCCAAGAUGGAGAGAUUCUUCAGAAGAAACUAGGAAUGUCUCUAUUGAGCGUCAGGAGUCCCCGGGAGUGUGUAAACGGGAUGAGGAAAACUCCUUCCCGGUCCCCAGGAAACGAGCUGUGAGCAACCAAGCACAAGCGAGCCGUGCGGGGGGCCAGGACCAUGUGCCGCUGGGCUGCCCGGCUCCAGGACCGAGUGACCACAGGCCAGAGCUUACUCUCUGCCCAACCCGCAUCCCCAUCAGGAGGAGUUUGUCCAGGGAGAGUGCAAACAGCUCAUUGGAGGAGCCAAGGACUCCACCCGCACCUGAGCCAAGUUCACCAAGCUUUUCUGCACAAACUGCUAACGGCAGCCAGGAGCCUCCCCACCCGGCCGCUGGGUCUCACCCACUGACCUCUGCCCACGCCUCUCGGAUUCCAAGACUGAAAGGUGCUUUGGAAGUCGCUGGGGAUAGUCUGGGAUCCUUCACCAAAACCACAAAGCCGAUCACUAGCCAGGCAGCUGAGUUCAAGGUUGCCCUGAAACCACCUCCCAAAUUGCUCAGAUCUCAGCCGUUCUUAUCAGACGAGGAAAGAGAGAAGCCCAGGGUGGGGGCUGCCUUCACCGUCAACUCACUCAGCGGAAAGCAGGCGGAGGAAGAGACGCUGACUGAUCCCGACCACUUCAAAAACCUGAGACAUUUCUGGGAAAAAGGAAGUGAUUCCAGCAAAACCAACCACAAGUUUCCCGGCAAUGUCUCUGGCAAACUCAGCCCCGCUCGCUGGGGGAAGCUCCAGGCAGCCGCUGGUUUGGUAACGAAGGAACGUUCUUCGUCACAAGAAGCUCAGGGCAACGGAUCAAUGUCCUCUUCCUCCUCCUUCUCCUUCUCCGAGGAGGAAAGCCCAUCGCUGGAGAGCAAUAAGGACCUCCCGAUCGCGGCUCCAAGACUCCAGUCGGCCGUGACCGUCAAAACUGAAGCUCGGUCCUCCACCUCAGCAAAGCCCCUGGACACCACCUGCCAAGCAGUCAGUGAUCCACCCAAAGCCCUGCCCCAGCCAAGAAUCGCUCGUCAGCUAAACGUCUGUGUCACACUUGAGGACCUCAUUCAGCCUGAACUCCCUCCACAUAGGACCUCCAGCAGCCUGCCCACCGCUCCCUCAGCCCUGCAGGACUGUGAGAGAGCUCCCACUAGCCUGGCUGAGGAGCCUGUGGUGGAGGAGGUUCUGAAACCGAGAGUAGCCGAGAGGAUGCAGCUGUCCAGGAAUCUAGAGAUAACAACAGCCGAGCCCAGAGAGGACAUUGGGUCUGUUCCCAGCCAAUGGGAAGCCUUGGAGGCUGGAGCAUCCACACAUGGUGAUGUGGUCCUCACUCCCAAGGCCAACACCACUCGGCAGAUGCAGAGAGAGGGAGAAGCGGCUCCUGUCUCCCCCUGGACCCCGGUUGCUGUGUGUGAGGAGGAGCUGGUUCCGGCUCAGCGUCAGGACCUGGCGGAGGCUCCGAAGAUCAGGGCGGGAGCUUUGCUGAACACGUCGUCUCAGAGCGACACCAGCGAGGACGAGCGAGAGCCGAGCCUGAGCCACGAUACACAUCCCAGGUCCAACUCUAAGCCCAGCGUUCAGACGUCCAGAGUGUGUGGAGAGGUCGAGCCUGGAGUCCCCUGUGUCAGUGUGAGCGCUGAGCGGCCCCCGACCCACUCCAGCGCUCAGGGGGACGGGGAUGCACAGCCGGCCAGCAGCGGCGAUGGUGGUCUCACCGCGGAACAGCCAAUCAUUGUGAUCCAGCACAUGAGCGACGGGGAUGGACCCCAGAGGAGCACGUCAGGUGCCAGUUACAGAUCAUCGCCUGUGCUGAAGGCUUUAGCGAGAGCCAAGAAGCUUCCAGCGAAGAGUAUGGAGAACCUGUGCGCUACCUCUGACCGGGAGACAAUCGCUCUGUUUGUGAGUGAGGAGAAUCCGGGGAGCGAGGGGGAGGCCAGGAGCGAGGUUGAAGAGCAGCCGCUGGUCACCAACCUCCAGUCUCGGGAUCACUCAAGGAUAAAGGAUCUCAGCAAGUCUGUGCCCAUGCUACUGUCUGAGAGUGAAUCGGAUUCUGCUUCGGAGAUCAGCUUGAACAUUGGGUGGCACCGAAAGACGCCAAGCGAUGCCAGCCACUCCUCUGACAUGGCAUCUGUGUCAUCUGUCAGUGGCAGUGUGAUGAGUGUGUACAGUGGAGACUUUGGCAGUGUUGCCGCCCAGGGCUCCGUGCAGUUUGCUCUGGAUUACAGCGAAAAGAACCGGGAGUUUCAGAUCUACGUCAGUCAGUGCCAGAACCUGGCGGUGGUGGACGAGAGGAAGGGACGCACGGAUGCGUAUAUAAAGACCUACCUGCUCCCGGACAAGGCUCGCAUGGGCAAGAGGAAAACCUCUGUCAAGCGGCGGAAUGUCAACCCCGUCUUUAACGAGAUCCUGAGGUAUAAGAUCGAGAAGGUGGUUCUCCUGGUCCAGAAACUCAACCUGUCCGUCUGGCACAACGACACGCUUGGCCGGAACAGCUUCCUGGGCGAGGUGGAAGUGGAGCUCGCUCGCUGGGACUGGAGCAACCGCAAACUCAACUGGUACCUGCUCAAGUCCCGGAGCCUGUCGAUGGGAGAUGGCGUUGACCACAGAGGGGAAAUCAAUCUGGCCAUCAAAUACGUGCCUCCAGGAACUCUCGGUCCCAGAGACCCGCCCACUGGCGAGGUUCACAUCUGGAUGAAAACCGCCAAAGACUUGCUCCAGCUUCGAACAUCUGGAGUGGACUCCUUCGUGAAAUGUUACGUGCUUCCUGACACCAGUAAGAAGAGCUACCAGAAGACACGGAUUGUGAAGAAAGAUGCCAACCCCAUCUACAACCACACCAUCGUGUAUGAUGGCUUCAGGACGGAGGACCUGAGGGAGGCGUGUGUGGAGCUGACAGUGUGGGACCAUGAGAAACUAACAAACCACUCUGGGGGCCUGCGGCUGGGCUCAGGCACAGGAUUUAGUUACGGAAUCCCGGUGGAAUGGAUGGACUCCACGGAGGAGGAGCGAGCGCUGUGGCAGGAGAUGAUGGCGAGUCCCAACGAGUGGAUCCCAGGCUCCCUGCUGCUCCGCUCCCAGCUCGGGGGCAAGAGGAAGCUCAAGUAACCUCAACCCCAAAGGGGAGCUUCUGCCAAACACCUCCCCCCCCAUCCACUGGCACAUGGAUUGGGGGAGCGGUAAUGAGUGGGUUUCUACAUUUCUACUCGGAAGGGUUUGGAAUUGACUGAACCGUCAGGGAACAUGACGGCUCUGGAGAAGAUCUGGCUUUCCUCUUGCUUUAACUGGACCUCAUUGUGCCAUUUUUGGGAUUGAUUACCAUGGCUGUUUUCAAACAGAAUGGCCCUUGCCCAUUGUUUACAUGUUGUUGGUGUCCUAGUCAUUCACUGCCGUUUCUCUGUCACUUUAGUUGCUGCUAAUCAGAAAAUGGGAAUCUUUUCCCCGUCUGUUACUCGGGGGGGAAAAGCCGUCGAGGGGUUUGGUUUAUUUCAGCGUCCGCUUUCUGUUUGUUUAUUGUAAAUUUCACAGGAAAACCUGCUGCAGGUUCAAUGUGGAGAGUUUCAUUGAAAACUAAAUAAAAUAAAUGAAAAUAAAUUAAUAAUAAUAAUAAUUUG